AUCUACGGCAUCUCCGCCCGCAACCUCCAAGCCCGCAGCGGCAGCAACACCGAGACGUUCGCCCUCCUCGACGCCCAGGGCUGCCCCACCGAGCCGGACAUCUUCCCCGAGAUGCGGCUGGAUCCGGUCACCAAGAGCCUGUUCGCGGAGUUCGAGGCCUUCAAGUUCAGCAACGACGCGGUCGUCCGCUUCCUGGUCACCGUUCAGUUCUGCCUCGAGGAGUGCCCGCCGGCGCGGUGCGGCCAUUCGGACUCCUACGGCCGCAGGCGGAAGAGAGCCACCUACAACCAGAAGAAGAAGGCGGAGGGCCGGGCGCGGAACAAGGAGCAGGCGAUCGACAGCAAGGAAUACCGGGCGGAGGAGGAGGAGGAGGAGGAGGAGGAGGAGAUGGAGGAGGACCCGGUGGUGUACCACGUGACGCCGCUGCAGAAGGAGAUCAUCGUGGAUGGCACCUUCAUCUCGCCGCUGAACGAUUCGCCGGCGCCUUUGGACGUCCAGAGCGGAUCGGUGGGAGGAGAGGAGGUGGUCUGCACGACGAAGCCGGUCGUGAUCGCCGCGGUCGUGAGCACGGCGAUCCUCCAACUCUGCAUCCUCGCCGUCUGCCUCAUGUGCAUCCACGUCCACCGCGGGAAGAGGAAGGACGGGGAGAUGCUCCACACCUCGUCCGAGCUGGAGAUCACCUACGGAUCCACGACCGGCCUGCCCACGUCCACGUUCGCCGCGACUCGACGGCCGAUCCGCAACCCGGCCUUCCGCGAAUGAUGGACGCCCGUCGCCUAAAGGUAAAACCCGUGACAGUUGUGAUAUACGUGAAGAAGCGACUGGAUUGUUCCCUCUCGAAUCCCUCCAAAAGCGUCGUUUUUCGCUGUGCUGUGCAUGGCCUCGCCUUGCUCAAGAAAAAGCAACAACCGACGAGCAAAGACGCACCUGACUUUGCUCAACAUCCGAGAAAGAAAACCGACCAAGACAGUGUUUACACGUGCCAGUUGCUUCUCCCAUCGUUAUUGUUCCUGUUUCCCCCCCUAACUUAUUGAAUGUCCGUAAUUAUGGCGAGCGGAGCGUCGACUGUAUAAAAUCGAGAGAGACC